GGGCCGGCGGCGGCGGCGAGGGGGGGGGAAGAUGGCGGACGUGCUCAGCGUCCUGCGACAGUACAACAUCCAGAAGAAGGAGAUUGUGGUGAAGGGAGACGAAGUGAUCUUCGGCGAGUUCUCCUGGCCCAAGAAUGUGAAGACCAACUAUGUGGUUUGGGGGACUGGAAAGGAAGGCCAACCGAGAGAGUACUACACGUUGGAUUCUAUCUUGUUUCUGCUUAAUAACGUGCACCUUUCUCAUCCUGUUUAUGUCCGACGUGCUGCCACUGAAAAUAUUCCUGUGGUUAGAAGACCUGACCGAAAAGAUCUACUUGGAUAUCUCAAUGGUGAAGCCUCAACGUCGGCAAGCAUAGACAGGAGUGCCCCUCUAGAAAUAGGUCUUCAGCGAUCUACCCAAGUCAAACGAGCUGCAGACGAAGUUUUAGCAGAAGCAAAGAAACCCCGAAUUGAGGAUGAAGAGUGUGUGCGCCUUGAUAAAGAGAGAUUGGCUGCUCGUUUGGAGGGUCACAAAGAAGGGAUUGUACAGACUGAACAGAUUAGGUCUUUGUCUGAAGCUAUGUCAGUGGAAAAAAUUGCUGCAAUCAAAGCCAAAAUUAUGGCUAAGAAAAGAUCUACUAUCAAGACUGAUUUAGAUGAUGAUAUAACUGCCCUUAAACAGAGGAGUUUUGUGGACGCUGAGGUAGAUGUGACACGAGAUAUUGUGAGCAGAGAGAGAGUGUGGAGGACACGAACAACUAUCUUACAGAGCACAGGAAAGAAUUUUUCCAAGAAUAUUUUUGCAAUUCUUCAGUCUGUAAAAGCCAGAGAAGAGGGACGUGCACCUGAACAGCGACCAGCCCCAAACGCAGCACCUGUGGAUCCCACACUGCGUACCAAACAGCCUAUCCCAGCUGCCUACAACAGAUAUGAUCAGGAAAGAUUCAAAGGAAAGGAAGAAACGGAAGGCUUCAAAAUUGACACUAUGGGUACCUACCAUGGAAUGACGCUGAAAUCUGUGACGGAGGGUGCAUCAGCCCGUAAGACUCAGACUCCUGCAGCACAGCCCGUACCAAGACCAGUUUCUCAGGCAAGACCUCCCCCAAAUCAGAAGAAAGGAUCUCGAACACCUAUUAUCAUAAUUCCUGCAGCUACCACCUCUUUAAUAACCAUGCUUAAUGCAAAGGACCUUCUACAGGACCUGAAAUUUGUCCCAUCAGAUGAAAAGAAGAAACAAGGCUGCCAACGAGAAAAUGAAACUUUAAUACAGAGAAGAAAAGAUCAGAUGCAACCAGGGGGCACUGCAAUUAGUGUCACAGUUCCUUAUAGAGUAGUAGACCAGCCCCUUAAACUUAUGCCUCAAGACUGGGAUCGGGUGGUAGCAGUUUUUGUGCAGGGUCCUGCAUGGCAGUUCAAAGGCUGGCCGUGGCUUUUGCCUGAUGGAUCACCAGUUGACAUAUUUGCUAAAAUUAAAGCCUUCCAUCUCAAAUAUGAUGAAGUUCGUCUAGAUCCAAACGUUCAGAAAUGGGAUGUAACAGUAUUAGAACUCAGCUAUCACAAACGUCACUUGGAUAGACCAGUUUUCUUACGGUUCUGGGAAACAUUGGAUAGGUACAUGGUAAAGCAUAAAUCCCACUUGAGAUUCUGAAUUUUACUUGGUUUCCCCGUUUCUGGAGAUCUGGAUUAAGAAGCAUGGAUAUACCUUGACGUAAAGACUGAGACUCAAGCUUUAUGAAUUUAUCAAGAACUUACAAUGAAGAGGUCACAGAUUCAUCUUUUAUAAGACCUUAAUUUGAUGCUUUGUGCUUCAAAGGGAUGAUGCUUGUCAUCCAUAUAAGCAAACUUUUUGGCUUACAACUAUUUUUUUAAUAUUAGCCUUCUAGUCUGUAAUGGAAAUUGUAUAUUUUGAUAGACGUUUUUUCUCCAUUGGUUAAAUUAGCAUUACUUAAAAUUUGUUUCUUUAGAAAAUAAAUACAGGUUAUAAAUGUGUGUAUAUUUAGAGGUUAUAAGGCUCUAUAAGCCAUCUUGCUUCUGAUUUUUCAUUGCUCUAUAAUUCCUUUUAUUGAAAAUACUAUGCUAUGAAUGGUAUUAAAUUUUAGUUUCUGGAACUUUCAAAACUAGCAAAGGGAUGUGACUAUUUUGAAUGAACCAGAAUGUCAACCUAUAUGUAAACUAUUCCUAUACUUAUUCUUUUUUUUAAAAAGAAUAAUGAAAAAUCAAGAACAAUUCUUCAGCUUUGGUUGAACUGUUCAGCCUUUUCAAGACAUCUUUACUUAUAAUGAAUACAUUUAAUGAAUGUACAUUCUUCUCACUGACUUUGGUGAUUUUAAAACUUAGAAUGAUAUAUUUCUAUCUGUGCUAUCUUUCCAAUUGAAAAAUCUCAAAAGACGGAUUAAAAACCUGAUAGGCUGUAGUACUUUUUUUUUUGGAGCCAGAGUAAGUUUGGGGGAAGGAAAUGUAUUAGUCGUACUACAAUGUAACUUUAACUUUCUUAUUUUUCUCAUAAGUUCACCUUUGAAUCUUACUUUAUAUGUAUAGUAUAGGUUUUGAGUCUUCUAUUUCUGGGCAUGUUGAUCUUGGAGUUCUUAUCUUCCAUUAUCCCUAAAUAUUGAUAAAUCUCCCAGACACCAAAGAACACAUUUGCUUAAUUAAGUGUCUGAACAGAAACAAGAUAAAAACACUGGUAUUUUUAUGUGUGUAUUCAAUAUCGUAUAAAAUAUAAAACCUAUAUUUUAACUUAGUAAAAUAUUUUACUACUUCUCUAGAGUGUUGCAUCCAAGGUACAAUGAAUGAACUUUUUUCUUGAGUCUUGAUUUUGCCUUUUAUUACUUAAAAGGAACUGGAACCUCUACUCCCCUAAAGAGUUUUUGCCAUUAGAAUCAAUCCUGAUCAUUCAUCUCGUGUCAUUUUUCCCCCCAUUUUUUCCCCCAGUGAUCGCUCUUAGGUUAACAUUGUUUUAGUAAACAUUUAGCUCCUUCUUAUGUUAUGCUGACAUUACCUAGCUUCAUUUUGAAAUUUAAUGCUAUCGUGAGAAUGAGAAGCACUUAUUAUUUAUUUUUAAAGUAAUCACAAGAGUCCAUACCAAUAGUGAAUAGAAAAAAGUUAUUUAUUCAUAUGGAAUUCACUGUGUUCUUAAGAAAAGCAGUCAGCAUUUUAAAUUAUUAGAUUAUAGGAUAUUUAUAAGGUUUGAACAGAUUCUACCCCCUUCCUUUCUGUGCAUCCUCUCUUGAAAACAAAAGAACUCAAAUUUGUUCACUUUAGAAUUUCUCAUCAUAUGCUGUUUCAAAAUAAAUUAAUGUAUUGUAUAAACUUUCUCCAUGAUGAAAUCAUCAAGGACUAGAAUCUGUACUAUUUUAAUGUAAGAUUACUUGUUAAGACUACUACAGGUGGACAAGAACUACCUUUCUAUAAAAAUUUUUAGUAUUUAUACUUAUGUCAUAUAUGAAAUUUACUUGAUACAGAGUGUGGUUAAAAUUGGGAACAUCUACUUUAAGCAGGGUUUAUUUUUCUAUCUUGAAUUUGCCUUAUGUAUAUUCAAAGGCUUCUGAAAAUACUGUAAAGGAACAUUAGGAGAAGUACAAAUAUGCUGUGCUCUAUGUAUUUUAACAUCAAACCCUUAGUAUGUACUUAAUUUUCUUUUUCUUUUUUCAACAGUUCAGUCCCUUAUUUAGAUCCACGUAAUUAAUAUUACAGUCACUUGGUCCAAAACCAAUUUUUUUCAGCCAAUCAUUAUUCGUUAUCUCAUGACUCCAAGUCCUACAGCAGCACCUGUCACUGUGCCUUGCACAUAGUAGGCAUUCAGUAAAUAUUUAUAUGCAUGAAUUAAUCAUCUUUUCAGUGUGACUGAUUUAUUACAAAAAGUACUUUGACUAGAUCUUGGAACUUGGAAAUACAGAAUUACAGGGAAUGAAGAGGUAUACACAGAUAUUUUAAUGGAAAUGAGGUAUACAUUAAUGACCUUGAUUUACUAAUAAGUUACUAUUAACUGAAGACAACCUUGCUUGCCCCAUUUGUAAAAGAAAACUAAUUUCUUUAUUCAUAGAACACUUUUCAGAGACAGAUAACAUUAAGGAGCUUGGGUUUCAGUCGAUAAUUCUUCAACCUUGACCGCACAUUAAAAUCAUUUGGGGGACCUUUUAAAUAUAUUGCCUGAUUCCUGAUUCUGAUUUAAUUUGCGCUGAGACCUGAUCAUCAGUAUUUUUAAAAAGUUCUUUAGGUAAUUUCAUGUUCAGAAAGGAUUGAGAAUCACAUAUUUGAUUUGUUGUUAAAAACAAUGCCAGUAUUAAAUGUCCUGUUUCAUUCUUCUUAUCGCUCACCCUCCCUCCCUCCCUUCCUUCUUUUUACCCUUCUAUCCUCUCUUUUUCCUCCCUCCUUUCCUCCUUUCGUUCUUUCUUUCCUGCUUUUGUUUUUCCUUCGGUGGCCACCCUUUGCACUAGACUUGACCCCCUUAUUGAUGGUAUUGGCCUAUAGUUCCACAUAACAAAUUCAAGUCUUAUUUAUUUAAUAUAGGAGUAUUUUUCUGUUUAAUAUUUAAACAAUGUUUAAUAUAUUUCAUUAUAAACUAGUAUUGUAGUUUAUGAUUUGUUUCCCAUGUGUCCUUAUCCUUUACUAAUGUUUUUUUAACAGCAGCAUGACAACAGUCCAUAUAGAAAUAACUAGUUCAUACUGAGGAAAAUUUCAUAAUAAUUUUUAAGGUAGAAGAAAGUAAAGUAUUAAUUUCUUAUCUGCCAUGCAGAAUUAGAGUUUGCUUAUGAAAGGAAGGAGGCGUACUUUUUAAUUGGUCUGCACAGAAAAGUAAAAGUAAAUUACUCAUUUAAGUAAAAUUCAUUAUCAAACAUUGAAGGAAAUAUUUUUCCUAAAUAAAAAAUUUUGUGACUCCUAACAAAGUUAAAGCGAUACAUUGUUCUUUUUUGGAGGGUGGGAAGGGAGUCUUUAGUUGCCAUAUUUCUUACUAUAUAACAGUUCCAUUUUUGUUGGUAUUAACAAUAGAAAUGAUGAUAGGAUAUACAUUAUGUGGCCAGAAAUAAAAUGCCACUUUGUCAGAUAACAAUUAUCUGAGUCUUAGUUGUUGAACUAAUUAGUUUAUAAAACUUUUUGAGACCAACAGUGUAUUUUAUAAACAUAAAAGCUGAUCAAAAUUAAAACAUGAAAAAUAAAUUUAAUUACAUGAGCCUUAA